GUGGACGAGCCAUUUGAUAUUCCGCCUCUGAUCAAGUGCAAAAUCGACGUGUUAACUUUAUAGGACAGGGAGUGAAUCUCAUAGCUGUCGUCGAGGUGUGGUCAUGGGUGUACAAAUCAGAGUGGAAUAUUGUGGCGGAUGAGGCUACGAGCCCCGCUAUCAGGAGCUCAAGCGAGUCGUCGUCGCUGAGUUUCCUGAGGCGGAGGUGUCCGGCUUCGUCGGCAGACAAGGGAGCUUUGAGAUCGAGAUCAACGGACAGCUGGUUUUCUCAAAGCUAGAAACCAGCGGUUUUCCCUAUGAAGACGACGUCAUGGAGGCCAUCCAGAAAGCCCACGAUGGCAAACCAGUGGAGAAGAUCAUAAAGAGCCGCCCACCUUGCGUCAUACUCUAACUCCUAAGUUUUUGAUUACCUCAGAAACGAUCAUGCUGAGUGAAGCCAUUGUGACUGUGUGUAAUGGAUCCUCGGAUAUCUCCUUUCACCUCUGCUUCUAACAAGGUGUUUUUGGACUUAAAUGAUUAGCGUAACUAAAAACUAAAGGUUACACUAUGAAGCUCUUAGUCCAGUCACUGUCAAACCAGGAGCAGAGAUGAAUGGGAGACAUCCAAGUGUGCAUUAACGUUCAGACCUCUGUAUGUAUAAAAAGGAAAAAAUAAUUCUAACAAUAUAGCAAAAUUUAACACGAGUCAGGUUUUUUUCCAUUUAUGUGAAUACAGUUAUGAAUUUUAGACAGCUUUGUUGUGAAGUCUCAGUUAAAGGUGUUUUUGAAGACACCUUAACAUAUUAUUGUACUAAAAUUAGACUUGAACCCUCUACUUUUUUUUUUUUUUUUUGAUGCUUUGAUUCUUUAAACUAUUUAAUAAUUAUAGAUGAUAAUCUAAAAUCAUGACACUGCUAGAGUAUUAAUUAUAGUUGAGAUCAGAAAUAAAAGUAAGCAUUUAUAACUUUAAUAGUUAGCUCAUACAAAAGUAGCUUUGCUAAUAAAUAAUAAAAUCCAUUUCCUUUGCCGAAACUGGCAAAGAUGUUGAAAUGGCUUUUACUAUAAUGUUUUCUUUGGUUAUGUUGUAAGACUAUUUCCUGGUCAAACAAAACCACUUUGCUAUUUAUGUGGACUAUUUAUUUUAUCUGCCUUAUCUUCAUUAAAGUUAAAAAGUUACAGUUAGGACUUUCUUUAUCAGGGACAAGGGUAACUCGUGAAUGUAGUAGUUGUCCAUUCUUGUCAAGCCUGUUUUGUCUUUGCAAGCUAUGUAACCUGAAAUCCGACUACCUUUUGUCAAACAAAACCAUACAUGGUAAUGUCUGCUUUUGUGUUCGACAUCUGCUAUUGCAUUUGACAUUGGGCCAUUAUUGUGUCUUGAUUGCACAACUAGAACAUCAGAGAGAAAAUAAUGUAAAUGUCUAACUUUUAAAGCAGCUUAAACACAGGUUGUCUUCUCUUACCACCUUUAGACUCUAGCCUAGAUUGUCCUUUUACCUUUCCAGCUCAUUGAAUCAUCCACAUGUACAAGUCUAUUUGCUUCAGAAAAUUGAUACUCUCCCCAUACUGUUUCUCAAUUAAUUUUGUUUAUGCCAACCUGCUACAUGCUUGAAUACAAAUUUGUUGAAAAUA